GUUAAUAUAAAUCCCUCGUAUCAAUCCGAGGAGCUAAAAUUUGCACUGGACAAAGUAGGCAUAAAAGCACUGAUCUCACCGUCGAGCUUCAAAAAAUCUAAUUAUUAUGCAUCCAUGACGGAGGUUAUUCCCGAGCUUGCAAAUAAACCCGAAGGUAGAGGCGAAAUGAAUGUGCAUUAUUUUCCCAAAUUUCGUCAUUUCAUCAUAAUUGAUCGAAACGACGAGGAGAAAUCUUACAGCAAAAAAAAGCCCAUAGCGCUUAUGAUUGGCGUACUACACGAUUUCAGAGGUGCAUGGAGGUAUUCUGAUGUAAUCAAAAUGGGCACCGAAGAAGAUCGUGUGAAGCUGGCAAAUAUCGAACGGCGAGUGCAACCAGAUGACCCGGUCAACAUACAGUAUACAAGUGGAACCACGGGUCAACCAAAAGGCGCUACACUGACUCAUCAUAAUGUUGUGAAUAAUGCGUAUUUUGUUGGACGGCGUGCUGGUUAUAAUGAAAAGAGGACGAUAAUUUGCGUUCCAAAUCCGCUGUAUCACUGUUUUGGUUGCGUAAUGGGCAGUUUGAGUGCCUGUGUUCAUCUGCAAACCUGUGUUUUCCCGGCACCAUCGUUUGAUGCUCUAGCGGCUUUACAAGCAAUACAUGAGGAAAAAUGCACAACAGUCUAUGGCACACCAACGAUGUAUAUUGAUAUGUUAAAUCAUCCACGAUACAAAGAAUUUGAUUACACCUCAAUAACCUCAGGUGCGUUUCAUUUCCAGACACAGCAAUUUAAGAGCUGA